UUUAGUCUUCAUAACCAUUACUUUCAUUUUGCCUUUUCAUUGCCGGGUCGAGUUCGUCGAGCUCCAUUAAUGCAGAUGAUGUAAUUCACACUAUGCUGUUGUUUUCUUUGUUAUUGUCGUUAGUGAAUAUGCUAUCCCUUUUCCGGAAGUUAUCAAUUGGCGGAAAGAUAAAGGAUGGUAUAUUACCAGAGGCAGUGAUGGGCACGGCAGAGGAUCUCUCGACAGCAAAAAAUCAGACAUUAAAGACUGAUACAGAGUUAAAAGAAUCCGUUUACGAUUUGUUAAGGACAAUCAAGGAUCCUGAGAAACCACAAACGUUGGAACAAUUGGAUGUUGUCUAUGAAGAUUGCAUAAAAGUUUGCCACUGCACACCUCGAGGAGUUUCUGUGAUUCGCGUGGAGUUUAAUCCUACAGUACCUCAUUGCUCAUUGGCGACUCUCAUAGGACUUUGUAUCCGCAUUAAAUUGGAACGUCAUUUAUCAGCAUCAUUUAAAUUGGAUAUCUAUAUCAAGAAAGGUGCACAUUCCACUGAAGAAGAAAGUAGGUUUGCUUUUUUUUAACAAACAAAUUAAUGACAAGGAACGUAUAGCAGCUGCAAUGGAAAAUCCAAAUUUACGUGAACUAGUGGAGAAAUGCAUAUUAGAAGAGGAUUAUUAGCCAGUUCCACAGUGUAACAUCCUAUGUAGGAUAUUUUUUGAAAUAUAUUUUUAAUAUAGUUUAAAUUUAUAUUGUGUAAAUAAAUAAUAUAUUUUGUUUAUAUUUUGCGUAUAAUUAAGCCCAGUUUAUCUUAUGCAUAACCAUAAUGAUGCAUUUUCAACAGAGAUAUUACAAAAGUUAUCAAUUGGCACUUAAAAUCAUUGUAAAUUUUUGAUAAUUAAUAUAAAAGAGUGUGUGACUGAAGCAUUUUUGAUAGAAAUGCAUAUCUAUUAGUUUUUAAAAAUGACUGCAUUUAGCAGAAUAAGCAACUUUACAACUGUUGAUGAAAAAUUUUUCAGUACAAUUGGUUCUUACUCUCAUUUAAUUUCUGUCAAUCUAAAUGUAUAAACCAAUUAUAUAAAAGAAUUUUACAACAGUUUUAAAGCUGUUUUUUCUACUGAACGCAACCAUUCCUCAAUGUACAUACAUAUAUAUUUUAUGGAGAUGUGUAAAAAAAUUGAUAAAUAUACAAUUUAAA